AAAUUAAACGCUCUAGGCUGGCCAAACAGUUUUCAUAUAAGAAAGGCGGUUUUCCGUACGCCCGGCGCCCAUGCCGCCCUCUCAGUUUCUCGCGGAGCGCGCUUUAGGACGCACGCGGCCAUUUUCGAACGUCCCUACAUCUCGUUCGAAAAAAAAAAAGGUUUAUGGUCAUUAACUUUUUUUUGCGUGUUUGAGUAGACAGUUUUCCACGGACUGUAACGUUUGUGAGCGUGAUUGUGAAGUGACUGUUAACAGGAGCUGUCAGCUGUCAAAAACGACGAGAUGGAGGCGAAGGUGAAGGAGGAGGCCCCUGAUAAGGACUACCAGCCCUCCACCACCGAGAGGAGGAAACCACCAGUAGGCAAGGAGCACCGGUCCCCAGAACAGGAGGAGAGCCGCUCUUCCCCCACCCCAGGUCCCCCCAGUCCACAAAACAACGGCACAGCAGCCCUAUCCUCCACGGAAUCCCUUUCCCCACCGCUGGGCGAAGCGCGAGCGCCGGCGUUACUCCGCCUACGGCGCUUCCUGUCGGCGUUGCUGCAGUUCGCCAGCGACGUGGGCGCCGACACCGCCGAGCGCGUCAAACACCUCAUAUACAACCUCGCGUCAGGCACGAUCACGAUCGAGGAGUUCCAGACAGGCGUGCAAGAGUGCACCAACUACCCCCUGCGGGCAUCCGUUCCAGGAUUCCUCCGAGCCCUGCUACCAGCAGCUCAGAGAGACCUGCACGCCAGGGCCAGGAGGGCUAAACAGACCCCCCUGCAAUACGUGCGCGCCCACGAACACCUGAUCCUAGAGUCGGGCGGCGAUGGUGGCGACAUCUUCGCUCAGCCUGGGGAUUCCCUCAAACGACGCGCCAGCGACCCGUUCUACGAACAAACCAACGGUACCGAAGAGUUCCCCCCGCACGCGAAGCGCCCUCCCCCCUCCAGCCUGUUCCUCAACCCCUCCCCCUUCUUGUACCCCCUCCCGAGCAACGCCAGCCUGUUCGACUACGGGCACUACCAUGGGUACCAUGGGGGGCAAGAAGGGGGGUUUGAGAGGAGAGAUGGCGGCAUCAGCGUUCGCGACGUGUCCUCAAUGAACGCGUCGUUCCCGGAGCGACUUAACCCUUCGCUGCUCAAGUCGGACGACGAGUGGAAGAACAUCAACACGAUGCUCAACUGCAUACUUAGCAUGGUCGAGAAGACGAAGCGAGCGCUGGCUAUACUGCAGCAGAGAGGAGUGGAGCCCACAGAAAGCAAUGAUAUCAAACGGGCGGCCAGCGAGAUCAUGGCACAGGCAGUCAGACAGACAGAGGAACGGGUGGCCGAGGUGCGGCGGCGGGCAGAGGACGCUGUCAACCAAGUGAAGCGGCAAGCGCUGGUGGAGCUGCAAAGGGCGGUGGGGGCGGCCGAGGCGCGCGCCCUGGAGCUGGUGGCCAGCGAGCGCAAGGAGCGCCGCAGCCCCGCGCCCGCGCCCAGCCCGCCGCAGCAGAACUGCUGCUGGAACUGCGGUCGCAAAGCGCAGGAGACCUGCUCGGGCUGCAACUCGGCGCGGUACUGCGGGGCCUUCUGCCAACACAAGGACUGGGAGAGCCACCAUCAGGUCUGCGCCGGCCGCGAUCAAAAGCCCACCGCACUCCGCACUUCACCACCAGCCACGCAGCCCACUCUCCCCAACAUGCCCACUCUACCCACUCUGCCCACUCUGCCCAGCCUGCCCAAGCCCACACGGGCCCCGACCCCGGACAACCGACUAUCCCUAACUACCCUUAACUCUGCCGACCGAUUGCAUACGAAUCAGGAUAGGAGUCUAACUUCCACAAGUAACGAUAGGAUCGCGCUUGCUACUCUGUCUACUGCACAGGGCAUUAUAUCAACCAUUGGGAAGAAAUGACGUCCUAAUAAGGAGGUCAAAAUGCCGAGAAAGGUUAGGAGGUAAAUUGAAGUAUACGGUUCUUGGGUUAUUUAACCUUUUACUGAUUGAAGGAAAAAUUUAGGUUUUUAAAAUUCUAUUUUAACAAGAGGUUUCAUUGAUAUAGGGUAAGACCACCAGUGAAUGAACACUUAAGCAAUUAUCCAAGUUUGAAAAAUCAUUGCUCAGCAUUCAUUAACAAUUGGAAUAAUUAACUGCAAUUUAAUCAAUCCUCAUUUAAUAAAUAAGAAAGUAAUUUCUGGGAUUUUUAGUUACUUUCAUAGUUUUUGAGUUAUACCAGAAUUUACCAAAAACUACCCAAAAACCUAAUGAAUGAACAUAAAAACUAGUGAAUGAACACCGAAAAACCCAGUGAAUGAACAUUAUUUAACUCUUUUUAAUUAACAUAUUAAAAUCAUUUUUAUCACAAACACCGUUUCCGGUGCUAUUU